UCCCCACUCACUUCACUGGUUUCAUUUCUUCCACUUUUGUCUCGAGGUGGUUUCGCCUCGUCCAUCGUUUCCGAUACUUCAUUGUUUGCCACUUGUUCGUCUUGCAACCGAGGAUAAAGUUUUGGCCAUCGACAUCAUAACUUUGCGUGUUGUUUGUUUAUCUCCGAACUGGCCAUUCUCACUCCUUCUUUCUACACGGUCAUAGCCUUCAGCUUCCGCGUCCUCUCUUGUCUCUUUGCCCCAUUAUCAAGCGCAUCCGGAUACACAACAUGCUACAUCACAUCGCCGCCGUGGGCGGUAGCCUCGCCAGGAGGUAUAUUGAAGAUGGCCUGGAAGCCAACGAACCCAGCGGCAGCAACCCUCCAGCUUCCAAUGACGAGGCCGUCCUCGCUGGACUUCCUUUCGUUAUAUACUUCAUCACGGGCCUCCUUUUCAUCUAUCCCGCUGUUGGAGUCUUUUAUACAGCGCACAGCGUCUUCCCAACGCUCGCUAUGAUUGAAGACCCCAACCCACCGCCUGAAUAUACACCCAUCUCACUCGAUGCUCAAGAAGGCUCUGUGCCCUCGGGCGAAUUUCAGGUCGUGGAAGCCAACGAAAAGCCCAUCACCUCGUCCCUACGCACUACACAUCGCCUUCUCUGGGUCUGGGGCCGGGAAGGCUAUUUCCGCGGGCUCAUUUGCGCGCUCAUAACCGUAUUUUCCACAGUUAUUCUCGCCGCUCUUAUCACUGUUUACACCUUCCUGCCACACUUCGUUGGCAGCUUCAUCGCUACUGUUUUGCUCACGCAACUGUCAACCGCUUGGGUACACAUCGUCAUAACGCCUCCCUCCGCUCGCCCCUGGUACAGCCGCGUUCUGCCGUUCCGCUAUGUUUUCCAAGCUACUGCCUUGCCUUUGCUAGUUCACUGGGCUACAAGUGUCGUAGCGGUCGAACUCCCUCGGCUGUUGGCUGUUAUGAUUGGACUGCCACUUCGCCUGUUCGAGGAAGCGGACGACAACAUGGACAUGGACCUCCAGCUCUCUUCGCUUUUAUUGAAGGGCAUUCCAGUGGCUGCUCUGGCUCUCUUCCUGUACCUUUUUGCCGUGAUCCCGGCUCAAGUCAUCCUCAGGCGUGUGCAAGCCUCACUACUUCCACCCACUGAAGAUGCCAUCGUCCCCUUUGACCGGUCCUUCAAAGGCAAGCUAGACCCAGCGGUGCUGGGUGGCGGCAGCGAGACAUUCUUGACCAUGAGGGACGCCUUGACCACUUUCGGGAGGGAAGGCUGGACUAGACUGGUCAAAAUGUACCUCAAGGUCUUUGGGAUAACGGUUGCAUUUUAUUUUGCUGUUGCGGCAACAUUCGCCUUGGAAGGCGGGGUUAUUAUGACUCUCAACUGGAUGCUUUCCGGUGGCAAGUAAAUGGGAAAGUGGGUGGAAAUGAUGUUGUAAUUUACCACUCUUCAACCAAACCACUUUUAUUUACACAUUACAAAUAUCCAAUUUCAUCCACUUUGCCCAACCUCAUCGGCUUAGCCAGAAACUUGUCCGCUUCCCUAGAGCAAAUCAUAAUCUCGGGCCUGAUCUUUCUUCUGUCAACAUGGCGACAUACAACUAAGUCAGAGAACAUUCAUUUGUCAACCAGGUAUCAUUCCAAAAUUAUUGAUUCAUUACCGCGUCAGACCAUGCGCAUGUCGUAUAAUCGCUAAUUCCCUUCUAUAUCACCUUAUUUUCGCCCUCUUUUCAUCCCACUCAACACCCGCCCCUUUACUUCUGACCACCAGGAGUCCCAGCCUUUUCACCACCCCCCGCGGCCCUCGCCUCCUCCGAAUCUCCCUUCACACCAUCUGGUUUGCCCUUGCUCUCCUUCUGGAGCUUUUGUCCGGCCUAAAUGCCCAGUUGCCAUUAGCACACAUACACCAUUCAGCAUAUCACCAAGAACAAACAACCGAUACGUAGCUGAUUUCAGACAGCCAGCUGGACAGACAGGCAGAAAGAGGGAUGGAUAUCCGCAAGAACCACACAAUAUAUGAAAAUGUAAAGCCCACCUCUGUAGGACCCUGGUUAGAAGGCGAAUCACCCUGUGUCUGCGAGCCAACGGACACGAAGCCCUUUUGUCCGUUUUGCGGGGACUUGGAGGUGCCGAGCUCCGUGGCCAUGGUCCGUCUGGGAACCAUAGGGAGCAGGCGGGCACGGUUGGGAAGGCGGGUCAGGAGACGGGACAUCUUGGGUUAUGUGUAUCAAGUUGUCUUUUUCCAAUGUUGGCCGCUUGUUUAUGUGGUGAGAAUGGCGAAUAAUAACGAAUGUAUUGCUGUCUGUACGCAGUAUUAGCUGACUUAUAAUACCAGUGGUGACGA